AUGGCAGCCACCUCAGGGGGGACUUACAAUAAAGUAUUUGUUUCUGCAAGUACUGUUGAUGGAGCAGAAAAUAUAUUGCCGCUAGCAUAUGGAAUUAUUGAUUCAGAAAAUGAUGCAUCCUGGACUUGGUUUUUUGAACAGUUUAGAGAAGCGCAUGGCGUUAAAUAUAACAUGUGUGUUGUGUCUGAUCGAAACGAAAGUAUUAUAAAGGCAGUUUCGAGGGUAUUUGAUGGAGUUCCUCAUUAUGCCUGUAUUUGGCAUUUGUGGAAAAAUGUGAAAACACUAUUUAAAAAGUCGCACAAUAGUCUGUCGAAAGUUUUUUAUGGGAUGGCAAAGGCAUACAAGCAAUCUGAAUUUGAUGAACUGAUGGAAAAGGUUGAACAAGUUGAUGUUCGUGUAAAAAAUUACUUGGAAUCAGCAAGUUAUGAAAAAUGGGCUAGGGUAUAUGGAACAAUUGAUCGAGGAAUGGUUAUGACAUCAAACAUAGCUGAGUGCAUAAAUGCUUGUCUAUUUGAAGCAAGGGAAUUACAGGUAUACGAUUUUCUUGAGGAAGUAAGACAGAUGUUUGCAAGAUGGAAUUUGAAAAAUCAUACGUCUGCUUCACAUACAUUCACCACACUUUGUGGUAGACCACAAGAGAUGCUUGUUGCUAAUGAAGAAGCAGUAUUACGUAUGAAGAAAAAAUAUUUUGAUGUUGGGCCAUAUUGUUCCGACGUGUACAAGCCAAGUAACUUGUUGAAUACCUAUAGCAUUCCAAUUCGUCCGUUACCUGAUCAAAACGAGUGGAAUGUACCUGGGUAUAUUAAGGACCAGAUAGUGCAGCCUCGAAAUCACAAAAAGCUCCCUGGAAGGCCAUCCAAAAAGUAUCGUGACAAGAUGUAUAGCGAGCUAUAUGGUAAGAAGAGAAAGAAUUCUUGCAGUACGUGUGGUUUAAAGGUCACAAUAGGCGUUCAUGUAGAAAUGGACCGUGUAUUGUAUAGUUAA